GCUCGGGCCGUGCCGUGCGGCCGCCACCAUGCCCGAGUGCCCGGAGCUGCACCUGGCCGGGCGCUUCAUCAACGGGGCCUGCGGAGCGCUGGUGUUCGCGGGCGGCGUGGAGCGCUCGGCCGUGGGUCGCGGCCCCGAGGUGCCCUUCCGCAGCGAGGCCUACGGCAUCUCGGCCAUCGCCCGGGGCAAGGAGCUGCGGCUGACGCUGAGCGCGCUGGACCCCGCCGCCGGUCCCCCCGCGCAGGACCUGGUGUUCCGCUUCGGCAUGUCGGGCUCGUUCCGGCUGUGCCCCGCCGCCGAGCUGCCCCGCCAUGCCCACCUGCGCUUCCUGACCCGGGAGAGCCCCCCCCGCGCCCUCUGCUUCGUCGACCCCCGGCGCUUCGGGUCCUGGCGCCUGGGGGACGCCUGGCAGCCGGAGCGCGGGCCCUGCGUGGUGUCCGAGUACCAGGCGUUCAGGGAGAAUGUGCUGAAGAACCUGGAGGACAGGGCUUUUGACAAGCCCAUCUGUGAGGUUCUCUUAAACCAGAAGUAUUUCAAUGGAAUUGGGAAUUACCUGCGUGCUGAGAUCCUGUACAGGUUGAAGAUCCCUCCCUUUGAAAAAGCUCGGACCGUGCUGGAGGCCCUGAAGGAGCAGGAGCAGGAGAGGAGGAAGAAGGAUCCUUCCCUGACGCUGAGCAAGAAGGUGAAGCUGAGGCAGGAGAACCCAGAUCUGCUGGAGCUGUGCCACAGCGUGCCCAUGGAGGUGAUCAUGGCAGAGAAGCAGCUCCUGGACCCCGAGCACCCCGAUGAUUACGCCGCCUUUAAGGACUGGCUGCGCUGUUACUUGGUGCCUGGCAUGAGCUCCCUGCGGGACCACAGUGGCAGGACCAUAUGGUUCCAGGGAGAGCCUGGCCCCAUGGCUCCCAAAGGGCAGAGACCCCGCAAGGUGCCCCGCAAGAAGAGCCCUCAGCUGCAGGCAGAGCCCGAGGCACCGAGCCCCAAGGUCACCCCCCGUGCCCCGAAGCAGCGCCGCAGGGCUGCAGCGAAACCCCCGAAGCUGGAGGAGCAGGAAGUGAAGGAAGAGCAGGAAGAGAAGGAAGUGAAGGAAGAGCAGGAAGAGCAGGCUGAGAGGCCAAGGAAGGGACGUGCUGGUGGGAGGAGGACAGGGAGUGCUGCCCCAGUGUCUCCUGAGGUGCCUCAGAGCGUCAGGAGAAGCCGCCGCACAUCGGCUCGCAGGGGCACAGCUGCAGCCCCUGCCGUGUGAGUGUCACCUGCUGCCACCUCCCGAGGGGCAUUUUAGGGGCCAAGAGGAGCUCAGGCAGCGCCUGGCCACGGACCAGGGUUAGUGCUGGUGAAAAUGGAGCUGCUCCCUACCUGUGCUCACGCUUAUUUGCUGCUGUGGCAUCCUGCCAGUGUGGGAGGGAGAAGCUGAGCCUGGUGAUGGGGCUUUUUCCUGCUGUCCACAGGCAUUUCAGGGGAAAAAGGGCCAGGUCCACGUGUUGUAUUGGACUCUGACUCUUCCCUCUCCCUCCUCCCUUUCUGGCUGCUGAUCAAAUCACUGUUUUUAGCUGACUAAUAAAGUAUUUUGUGCAGAAAUCACCGUGCGUGCCUUUUCAUGCAAAGGAUAAAUCCCUCUGUGCCCAGCCUCUUCUCCACAGGGGCUGGAGC